AAUAACCGCAGUCUACCCCUCAUACCACUGCCCGAUUUUAUUCUAUUUGCACUUUUGAACUUUUCUUUCACAUCCUGCGUGUCUUACAUUUCGGCAAUCAUGUGUUGAUCAUACACUUAUUAAAUUCUCAAAUGCAAGUCUCAAAACGUAAAAGUCUCUGUAAAAUUUGUGGUAACCCGGCGUUUGGCAAUCAUUUUGGAGUGCUCAGCUGCAGAGCAUGUGCUGCAUUUUUCAGAAGAACAAAUGUAGAUGGAGAAACAUUUUGUCCAAUUGGCAAUUGUAAAAUCGAUAAACACGGGAAAUUCUACUGCAAAAAAUGUCGAUUGAGAAUUUGUCUGGAAGCUGGUAUGGAUGCGAACAAAUUUCAACACGACCGCGACCUAAUCUCCACUUCCACAUCGGAAAGCUCCGACUCAUCGGGAUCUUUUUCAUUUUCCCAAAGGAGCAAGGUACCCAAAAGCAUGGCAAAUUUCCUGGGCCGGCCCGCAUUUAUUUUAAGCUGUGAGCCUGAUAAAGCGAGCAAGGUGAAGACAAUAGUUGAUGUCACGUUUUUGAUAAAUCAAGCUUUUGACAUUUUUGGUAAUGUUGACAGAAAACGAUUUUCAUCAAAUAGCAAUUUGGGAAGAAUGACAAAAAAAUUUGAGGAUUUGCAAAAUGAAAAAUCUUCAAAUUUGAGCACAAUCAAGGUGUUGGGCUUGAAAGAAUCUAUGAUCUUCUGGGAGCAAGAUUUUCUGCGAACUGCUAGGUGGCUGAGCCAUUUCGAUGAGUUUCAGGAGCUCCCGUUGAGCAUCAGGAUGCAAAUCUUAAAGGUGGCAUGGAUCCUUUGGGGAAGACUGGACAAACUUGUGAAAACUGCAAAUGAGCGGAAAAAUCAACAGCUUAAUCAAAAUUUCUAUAUGAUUGGCAAGGAUGUGGGAAUAGAUAUUGGAAACUUCGAAGUAGAUGUUUCCUGGUGCACGAAUUAUAGCAAGGAGCAACUGGCCUACUACCUCGACUGCCACCACGACGAACCAUUCAACAUAAUCGUCGACGCAAUCUCCGACCUGAAGCCCAGUGACAUGGAAUUGAACUUUAUGCUCCUGGAGCUCUGCCUGGCACAUGCUGGAAAGCAGCAUCAGGGGGAUGUCUUGAUGUUCACUGAUCGGCUUCUAGAAGUUGUAUCCAAUGAGCUUCACGACUAUUAUCAAUCGGAACAAAUAUCUAACUACUCAUCUAGAAUCACAAAAAUGAUGAAAAUCAACAAUUUGAUUAGGAGAAACUUGUUCGAACGGCUGGAACGACAGGCGGUGGCGAAAGUUUUCAAUAUAAUUUCUGUACAUUUUUCACAUCCUGAUAUGUUUUGUAAUGCUGGGUUUUAAUUUUUUGCACUUAACACAUUCACAAAGUAUGAUCUGAAAUUGCAUAAUUUAACUUUAAUAUUUAUGAAGAUCUCUACCAAUUUGC